GCUAAAUUAUCAGUAUACGCAUGCGCGUAGAAGGGCAAGAGCGAGAAGCGAAGAGGUAAAAACAAUACAUACACGCACACACACAGACGCUCUCGCUAGUCAGCAAUUCUGGUGUUUGAGACGUGUUUGGCUGUCACCACUGUGGCUCAACUCUACUUCAAAACACAUACAAAGACCCGCACAGUCUCUUUUUAAAGUGUUUCUACUCUGCUUAUCUUUAUUGUCUCACGUGUUGUUCUUUAUCUUCCUCCCACACGUAGACGACGACGUCGGUGCCUCCGCGUGUGCUUGCGUGUGCUUGCAUGUGUUUUCACGUGUGUGUAUGUGUACGCCCGUGUAGGUCUCUCCACCCAACCCAAUGGGUUCCGCGGUGUCCCUCAAAAACUCCGACGGCAGAGAACAAACAAGAGCGCUACCGCCCACCCGCGGGUCGGAGCGCGGCUCCGGUCCCAACUCCUCCUUGCUGAGAACACAGCCGUCCCUUCACGAGUCCGCGACGAAUCGUCCGGCAAACCGAAGCGAAAGCCCCCAAAUGGUGCCCCUCCCGAACCGCGGCGCGUCCUCGGUGUCGUCCUUCCCCUCCUCUAUCAGUUUUCUGGAGCACGUGCCCCCGGUGGUCGCAUCGUUCCCAGCUAGAGCCACGUCCAUGUACGCGGCCUGGCAGCGUGCCCACAACGCAGGCGUGCGUCCCGGCCUCGAACCUCGCAGAAGCGAAAGCGUCGCAGCCGUGGAGGUCGCAAGCACCACCCUGGCAAACCGUGAAAGCAAAGAUGCUCAACCAUCCUCCAGCUCCACCGACGACGGCGACACCGUGCCACGUGUCGAGGAGCAGGAGGUGAUGGCUGCUGCCCUCAUGAAGCCGUAUCACACCAUCUGCCGCAAGUUCAGCAGCGCCAGCAACGGCAAACGAGUAGUGUCCGCCUCGUCUGCCUCGCGAACGGUUGACCGCCUCACGUACACCGAGGAGGUCGAGGAUGGCGGCGGGGAGACCACCGCGUUCACCAAGCCGAAUUCAUGGGCGGGGUCUCCAUAUCUAAAGAGCGUAGAGUUUUCGAAUCCGCUGCCAGGGGUGUCCAGGGUGGUGGCGGAGAGCUACCCUGCCCAGUGGAUCCCUUCCAUCACACCGUGCUUUGACGAGGGGCUUCUCUACCGCAUCGAGUGGCGGAGGCAGGGCCACCAGAAGCUUCCGGGCGAAACAGGCGGCUACGCGUACGUGGUGUGGUGCUUCCACAACAUCACGGCGUGCUAUGAAAUGGAGAUCGAGGUGACGUUUGAGGUGCCGCCUGGGCUGAUGACGGCACCAAUACGUGGCUGGGGCGAGACAAAGAUGUCGUGGACGGACGUGGACACCCCUGAUGGGUCCCCCACAACCGAGCAAUCUUUCUUGAGCGCACAUGCGCUCUGCCCUCCGUUGCGCACGAUCGGAUUCGUGAUCGGUCGCGCCGGCGCUUUCCAAACGUCAAUCCGCGGCAUUCCUGUCCCUGCAGCGCAGACCGCUGGAAAGCUCCUCUCCACCUCCAACUCUGACACCAAAUCCGAUGAGGUGCAUCGCUCGCUCUCCAGCGAGGAAAGCCUUCGACGCGCGUUGAAGGAGUGGCGCCGCUUUGUUGACCCCGAAUUCCCACCAAACAUUUCGUCUCUGCAAGGACGCACGCCGGGCCUUUCAUCCUCCUCCUCGUCGUCGGCCGCCACGGCGUCGGCUGCGACGCAGACAACCGUGCGGUGGCUGCGCACGUCGGACAUCGUCGCGCGGCUCUUCAGCCCCACCUGCGCCCACCUGGUUCACAUGCAACCGUUGCUGACACCCAUUAUCGAUCCUCUCUCCAUCGAGCCGGGUGAGCUCGGUGACAGCUGGCUGGUCGGGGCGAUGGCCGCCGUCGCCGAACACCCCGGCGUUCUGCUGCGCAUGUUCCGUCACCCGCGGUCGUCUGAGCACGCGAAGAUCGAGCGGGCCCUUGGCGCCUUCCGCGUGACGCUGAACGUGCAGGGCUGGUGGCGCAGUGUCGUGGUCGACGACCUCCUCCCUGUCACGAGCGGCAACUACCCCCAAUACGCCCACAGCAACCGCGACGUGAGGGAGCUGUGGAUGGGAAUGCUGGAGAAGGCAUUCGCAAAGGUGCGCGGCGGCUACGCGAACAUCGUCGCAGGCGAUCCCCUCGACGCGCUGCGUGUGCUGACGGGGUGGCCGUGCGCGCGGUACGACAUCGCCAACUUUAAAGGCAUUGCGGCCGCCUCGUCUGCCUUUGCGUCGCGUCUGCUUGGGUACGACCGGCAUGGACUGCAAAUCAUCUUUCACACCGCCCCACAGCUGUCUGCCCCGACUUGGGAAAGGGGCUACGGCGGUGGCGCCGCCUCCCUCUCGGACGCUUCCUUGUCCCUCGACGAUGACGACUACCGGGGCAGCGGUGGCGGCAACGGCCUGGUGCCUGGAAUGGUGUACACCGUCGUGAAGAUUCUGCAGUUCAGUACGAGUCCGUUCCGGGCGGAGCUCACGCUGCUGCAGGUGCGCAACACCUGGGGCGACGUCGCGGCAUGGAAGGGAAAGUGGCGGUGCGGCAGUCCGCGCUGGGCGCAGUGGCCGCGGGUGGCCGAGGCGUGUCGCAUGCCGCUUCACACGACGCACGACCUACCAGAGGCGUGGAAGGAAGAUACAGGAAAGAGCGAGGGGGACGGCGUGGUGUCGGGCAGCGCUGCGCCUACCGAGUGCGCCUGCCGUCGAGAGAAGUACAUUUGGCUGGAGUGGAGCGAGGUGUACCGAUACUUCUCCGGGUGUGGGGUGAUGUUUCGCCUGGCGCUGCACCACGACUACCGUGUGCAAGGCGCCUUUGAGGGCGUGCGGCCCUCCGUCUGCCUGCGUGUCACGGUGACGAAUGGCAGUUUCGUGGGCGUUACGCUGUCGAUGCAGGGCACCGGAAGGGGGAAGGAGGGGGCGCCGAGGAUGGAUAACGACGUCGACGAUGAUGGCGCCGCGAGCGCGCACCCGCCCAUCAUGGUCAGCCUAGCCCGGGAGCAGGCGAACGCACUGCGCAUCGUGCGCAACUCGCAGCUGGAUCCGGACAACCCAACCCCGCUCUUCACCUUCAUGCAAGUGAGUGAGGUCAGCUUCCUCUACUUGUUGACGCCGGAGGAGUCGCCUUACUGGGUGAUCCCGCGCAUGUUGGCCACCGACGCGAGCACGCCCCUCCCCGGCGCAGCCACACCCGCCGUGCGCCGUCCCUACGUGCUGGGCUACUUCCAGAAGGGUGCGGUGGGCGUGCGAGAUGGGCCGCGGGUGGAGUUUGUGCAGCUGCCCGCCACCUCCCCUGCGUUUCAAAACAGCACGUGCUUUUCUCUCGGCGACGAUGUUAAACCAGUCAGUGCGACGUUUCAGGUGAGGCCGCCACAGGCGGGAUUUCCGAGCACUUACGUGCACACAGAGGUGUCGGAGGAGGCCGGCAUUCGUGCCGGCGACGACUUUGAUACAGCAGCGGGGUACAUGUAG